AUGGCCUCUCUAGCCUCUUCAGCUUGCUUGUUUCUGUGUUUACUCUCUUCACCCUUUCUCUCAAAUGCAAACACCAACGCAAAGCUCGGGUUCACCAUGGAUCUGAUCCACCGUGAUUCGCCUAAAUCUCCUUUCUACAACCCGUCGGAAACCUCGUUCCAGCGUACAAGAAACUCUAUCCUCAGAUCCAUAAACCGUGUUUUCCAUUUCUCGGGCCAUGAUACAUCAACUAGCUCAACCCAAACUGAGAUCACCUCCAAUGACGGUGAAUAUCUCAUGAAUGUAUCCUUAGGAACUCCUCCGUUCUCAUUCAUGGCGAUCGCGGACACGGGAAGCGAUCUCCUCUGGACGCAGUGCAAACCCUGUGAUCAAUGUUAUGCUCAAGAUAAUCCUCUCUUUGACCCUAAGGCGUCUUCUACAUACAAAGAUGUUUCUUGCUCCUCAAGCCAAUGUAAUUCUCUCAAAUAUGACGCACCUUGUUCAAGAUUCAAUACUUGCUCUUACACUGUAUCUUACGGGGAUAAGUCAUACACAAAGGGUAACGUCGGUACCGACACCUUAACACUUGGCUCGACUAAUAACCGCCCCGUGCAGCUCAAAAAUCUUAUCUUCGGAUGUGGUCACAACAACAAUGGGGUAUUUAGCAAAAAGGACUCUGGAAUCGUCGGACUUGGUGGUGGUCCACUUUCGCUCAUUUCGCAACUCGGCGAGUCAAUCAAUGGUAAAUUCUCAUAUUGUUUCUUCCCUCCAUCUUCAGAAAAUGAUGUAACGAGCAAGAUCAACUUCGGAACCAAUGCUGCUGUGUCGGGAACGGGAGCUGUCUCAACUCCUAUGGUCACGAAAGAAGUACCGACCUACUAUCACCUAACCCUAGAAUCCAUUAGCGUGGGAAGCAAGAAUCUGAAAUACGCAAGCCCAGCUUAUGGAAACGGCAAGGGAAAUAUCAUCAUCGAUUCAGGGACAACUUUGACACUGUUACCAGCCGCAUUUUACUCCGAACUAGAAGCUGCGGUUGCGUCUUCAAUCGAUGCUGUGAGGAAACAUGAUCCAGAGAUCGAUUUGAGUCUGUGUUACAGCGUAGACACGGAUCUGAAAGUUCCAGACAUUACGUUUCAUUUUGAUGGAGCAGAUGUGAAGCUAGACGUUACCAAUUCCUUUUUAAGAGUCUCGCAUGAUUUGGUUUGUUUUGCCUUCCGUGGGAGGAGCGAUAACUUGGCCAUUUACGGAAAUAUGGCACAGAGGAACUUUCUUGUUGGAUAUGACACCGUUUCUAAAAAGGUGUCAUUUAAACCAGCUGAUUGUGCAAAGCUCUAG